AAUAAAUCAAUUGCUUCAAGGAGUUCACAUCCGAGAAGCGACGCCAAAACGCCAGAUCUCAGUAUUAGACGUUCAGGACGUUUGGAUUUUGGAGUAAAUUAAAACGUAGAGGUAGAAAAAUGGGUCUGCCCCGAGUGUUUUUCGACAUGACGGCGGAUGGUCAACCGGUGGGUCGUAUCGUCAUCGAAUUACGUUCCGACGUUGUGCCAAAAACAGCUGAGAACUUUCGUGCACUGUGCACUGGGGAGAAGGGUUUUGGCUACAAAGGCUCAACAUUCCACAGAGUAAUCCCAAACUUCAUGUGCCAGGGAGGUGACUUCACCAAUGGCAAUGGCAAGGGUGGAAAAUCCAUCUACGGAAGGUGCUUCGAUGACGAGAACUUCCAGCUGAAGCACACAGCCCCUGGAAUCCUCUCGAUGGCCAACGCCGGUAAGAACACCAAUGGAUCACAAUUCUUCAUAACAACUGUCAAGACAGCGUGGUUGGAUAAUGCUCACGUUGUCUUUGGAUCUGUCGUCGAGGGUAUGGACGUGGUGAAGCAGCUUGAGAGUCUUGGCUCUCAAAAUGGCCCAACGUCCAAGAAAAUCGUCAUUGCCGAUUGUGGACAGUUGUCUUAAUUAGUGCAACACUCACUUAAAUACUUCAUUUAUUUAAAACUUUCUUUACAAUAAGUCUAUUUCAAUAAAAUAUUAAAUUUUCAAAAUCACAAUAUAUUUCAUUCGCUUUUAUGCAUAUGUCAAUAGCUGAAAGUCGUUCCCGAAUGCUUUUUAACUUUCAGCUGGACAAUACUUUGUCUCCUCUAUGCUUAUUGUACAGGGAACAAACUCCUGACCAGAAUCCUGUAAUAAAUUUAAUGAUUUUAGUAUUAUUACUCACAUUUUGCUCCAGUGCAUUAAACUGCGGAUCUGAGAAUCAGUGAUUGAAGUUGUGGAUGCAAUAAAUGUUUAAUUGAA